UUUGCAUCCAAUAAGAAUGAACGAAUGCAAUUAAAUGUCCAAUCAAAAUACAGAUUGAACGCGGCUUCUUUAAAACGCACUUUGCACAUGAAACAAAAACAUUUUCGAAGAUUCUGUCAUAUUUUGAGUCACUAUGCCGUCUAAGCUGGAAGAUUAUGAAAUUCUGUACAAGAUUGGUAGUGGGUCGUAUGGCACCUGUAAGAAAAUACGAAGAAAAGCUGAUGGGAAGAUUUUGCUUUGGAAGGAAAUGGAUUAUGGAACCAUGACAGAAACCGAAAAGCAGAUGCUUGUAUCAGAAGUAAAUUUAUUAAGGGAAUUAAAACAUCAGCACAUAGUUCGCUAUUAUGACCGUAUUGUUGAUCGCAGCCAUUCCACCAUAUACAUUGUUAUGGAGUUUUGCGAGGGCGGUGAUCUGUCAGCGAUUAUUUCCAAGUGUAAAAGAGACAGGAAAUACUUAGAGGAAGAUUUUGUGUGGAAGAUACUGUCACAAACUACAUUAGCUUUGCAAGAAUGCCAUAGAAGGGGCUCUGGGCGUGCGAUUUUGCAUCGAGAUCUGAAGCCAGCCAACGUGUUUCUUGAUGCUAAUCACAAUGUCAAAUUAGGUGAUUUUGGAUUGGCUCGUGUCUUGUCACAUGACACUAGUUUUGCAAAAACAUUUGUUGGAACGCCAUAUUACAUGUCCCCGGAGCAAAUGAAUCACCAGUCCUAUAAUGAGAAGUCUGACAUAUGGUCUCUGGGCUGUCUAAUCUAUGAACUGUGCGCAUUAAGUCCACCAUUCACAGCUGUCAAUCAAAAGGCACUUGCUGUCAAGAUCAAAGACGGAACUUUUAAGAGUAUACCGCAUCAAUACAGUGCAGACUUAAAUACGCUCAUCUUCCAAAUGUUGAAAGUAAAUUCCAUACUGCGUCCAAGCAUUGAGGAGAUACUUAAACAUCCUAGACUAUCAUCGAUCAGGAAGGAGAAAGAUAAAAGGUCCUCAUCUCAACCUGAAUUGCAACAGCAGGAGGAUGAGUUAUUAAAAUCAAGAGAAAAACAGAUUGAGGAACGGGAAAGGAAAUUAGAACAACGUGAAAGAGAACUGGAAACAAAGGAAAAAGCACUUAGUAUCAAAGAAAAGCUAAUAGAUGGAAAAUUUGAAAGGGCUGAAGCGAUGUUUAAGCAAUGCCAAGCACUGAAGACAAACAACCGUGUUCAUGAACUGAAGUCCGAGAAAGUGUUUACAGAUGAGAUAUACCCAAAUGGUGUACUGAAGACAAAGGAUUCUCCGAAGAAGGUUCAUUUUAAAAUGCCAGGCAAAGAAAAUGAAACCCAUGAAAACACAAAGAUGUCUAAAGCACUGCAAGAACGACUUCAGAAAGCGAACCAAAGGACCGACGCUUUAAGAAAACUAGAAUUAAUUUCCAAGAUGAAAAGUAAAAGAUUACUAGCAAUGAGAUAAGAAACAAAGAGACAAAUCAAUUAAAGAUUUAAUGAUUUUAAUCAAGCAAACAUGAGCAGGCUAGAUGAUAGUUUUAUAGCAGGUACUUCCAUGGAUAUUCUACCACAUGGUUAUUAACAUUUUAUAGGAAUAUUCUAUUUUAUUAACAAAAUAUAACAUAAUAAAACUUGAUAAGCAUUAUUGCUUAUUACCAGUAGAAUCACAUCCAGGAGAAGCGACCUCUUGUGAUUGAUGGUCAACUAAAAAUUUACAAUAUUGAUAUUUUUAAGGUAAUAAUGAUUAAAAUUUUUUGUAACAUUUUGUAUAUUAUCUUUAUUAUUGGUUUAGUAAAUCGGUGUUGAGUACAGUUCUUUAUGCAACUACCAUAUCUGGAUGGUUGUGUAUACAGUACAGUUGCAUGUAUAUUUUAAUGUCAAAUAAAAGUAAUAUCUGUAACUGUUGUCUUCAUUAUUUUGAUAUGCAAAUCCUCUCCAUCAGAAGUAUUUUAAAUCUGGAACCUACAUCCCAUAGCUACUGCAGCAGCACCGGUCUUGUGUUUUUAAUUCAAAAUAUUUGUCUCAUCAACUACAGUAUAUAUUGAAAACCAAACUCGGCAAUCAC